AUGAACGCUGAAAAAUUGAAAAAACUCAGUGACCAGGUGCGAAUAGGCGGCAAAGGCACACCACGACGAAAGAAGAAGGUUGUACACACAACAGCAGCCACAGAUGACAAAAAACUCCAAAGCACUCUAAAAAAGCUAACAGUCAACACAAUACCUGGAAUUGAAGAAGUAAAUAUGAUCAAAGAUGAUGGUACUGUGAUACACUUUAACAAUCCAAAAGCACAAGCUUCGCUGGCAGCAAACACAUUUGCUAUUACGGGGCACGGUGACACAAAAUCAAUGUCCGAACUACUGCCGGGCAUAUUAAAUCAGUUGGGCCACGAAGAAAUUGGACAACUGAAGCGUUAUGCCAGCGGGUUUGCUAGUAAUAAUCUCAUUAGUAAAUCAUUAAUUGAAGAUGAUGAUGAGGUGCCGGAUUUGGUCGGUAACUUUGAUGAUGCCAGCAAAGAAGAGGUGGUAGCAAAAGGAUCGUCAGAAGAAAAGACCGACAGUACUGAAAAACCUGUUGUCGUCGAAGAAAACGCAGACAGCUCAAAGAAGGAAUAA